AUGGGUUUUUACCACAUUGUCCUUCUGCUUACUGCUCUGCACCUAUGGAGCGCGAAUCCCCUUGCAGCGUCCAAGGAUUCGCAGUUAAUGGCACCUGGCCCUCUGGCUCAGAAGCUUGAGAAUGGCAUUCUCACCACGAGAUAUCUGCGAGUUGCUACUACCGAUGAGGAAGAGGACGAAGAGAGGGGCAUUUCUGCGAAGAUUCCCGGCCUUGAGAAGAUUUCGAGCGCGCUCAAGUCCAGCAAGACCAAGACCAAGGAGCUCCAAGCACUGCUCAAAGCCGACGAAUCUCUCGGUAAAGCCUUCAAGACGGUGAAGCUUAGCACUAUGCCCAUUGGCAAGGACGACUUCAUCGAGACGAAUAUGGUGGUGAAGUUUUUCUCGAGUCCAAACUUCAAGGCCUGGUCCAAUCAUGCCGCCAAGACGAAUCCGCAGAGCCCGCAAGGCACCAUGUUAACCGCUCUCACGAAUGUUUUUGGAGAGAAAAACGUCGCGACGAUGAUUCUACUGGGGAAGCAUACUCGGAGCUCCAAGAGUGCCGCGAAGAAGCUGGAAGCUGUGCAGUUCAAUGCGUGGAUUAGUCAGAAGAAAACCCCGGAUGAUGUUAUCAAGAAAGUAAUGGGCGUCAAGCGCCGUAUCGUGAAGAAAUAUCCUCGUGUGGAGGAAAUUGCGGAAGAUUACGGCAAGUACCGCAUUGCCGGGCUUAACUAG